ACCCCCACCUCGAGUCGAGGAGCAGACUCUGACUGUGACAAGGAGCGAGAUGCAGAAAAUGAUAGCGGAGGCCGUUGCAACCCAAGUGAGGCAAGCACAAGUCGAGCAAACCAGGGUCGAGCAGGCGAGAAUCGAACAGCCUCAGAACGAACCACCUCCUGAACAACAAGCGCAAUCGCGCGAGAGGCAGAACCAAAGGGCAGACGAAGAAGAAUCCUCUAUUCGAACUAUCAACCCACAGGCCCAAAACGACACCCUGGAACAAUUGCUAGCCCAGGUGUGGGAUUUACAGGCCCGGGUCGAGGGGAGAAAAGCAGGGAGCUCGAAAGGACAUCCCUUCUCACAACACAUACUAGACGCCGACCUACCACAGGGGUUCAGGGAGCUCAAUAUCUGGUACGAUGGGUCGACUGACCCUUCCCGACACCUGAGAAGCUUUGAAAACAUGGCGGUACUACACCGAUACAGUGACCCAGUUCAAUGUCGGGCCUUCCUGACGACUCUGCGAGGGCCGGCUCAUGAUUGGUUCCACCAAUUACCCCCCAGAGCUAUCAAGGAUUUUGACGGGUUCAGUUCAAGUCUCCUCAAUCAAUUCGCAAGCGUGAGGGCCCAGGAGAAAUCAUAUCUCACUCUGAUAGAAAGGAAGGAGCCUCUGAGGGCGGAAAAAGAAGGACGGUCGAGGGGGUGGAGGUCGACUCAGUACACACCAUUAUCGGUUCCAAAUGCAAGGAUUCUGGAAGUUAUGGAGAAGGAAAUACGCGAUAAUAUUUUUAGGUGGCCACGGACAAGGAAGGAUGGGCCGACAAAACCCAAGAGCAAUCUGUAUUGCCGAUUUCACAAAGAUUAUGGGCACAAUACGGAUGAAUGCAGACACCUCAAGGAUGAAAUCGAGAGAUUAAUCAAAGCCGGACACCUGAAAGAAUUCAUUUACAAAGAUCGAGAGAGAUCUAUCGAUGUCGAGUCAGCGUACAACGUGAUUCUGGGAAGACCAGCCCUUAAGGCAUUUCAAGCCGUUGUAUCGACUUACCACAUGAAACUCAAGUUCCCCGUUGGGAAUAAAGUCGGGGAGGCCCGAGGAGAUCAAAAGUUAUCAAGAACGUGUUACCAGAUAGCAGUAAAAACAAACCAAAGGACGGAAGUGAAAGAAGGAAAGCCAAUAUCGAUUGAAAAGAGGCCGAGGGGAAGUGACCUCGAGCCGCAUGGGGAGCUGAUGGAAAUACAAAUCGGGGAAAGAGAGGAUCAGGUCACCAAAAUCGGGAAGAAGUUGGAGGAGGAGUUGCGUAAGCAACUGGUGGAGUUGCUCAGGGAGUUCAUGGAUAUAUUCGCUUUCUCCCCCGAAGAAUUGACAGGAAUCGACCCAGGCAUUAUGGAGCAUAAACUCAAUGUUGACUCUCUCAAGAAGCCUGUGAAGCAGCGGCUCAGGCAUCACGGCACUGAGAUUGACAAAGCGAUUGAGGUGGAGGUCGAUAAGCUACUCAAAGCAAAACAUAUCAAAGAAAUCCAAUUCCCCGAGUGGAUAUCUAAUACUGUGAUGGUGAGGAAAGCACUGAAUAAAUGGCGGAUGUGUAUCGACUUCCGUGACCUGAAUUUGGCUUGCCCGAAGGACCACUAUCCGCUGCCGAGAAUCGAUCAGCUGGUCGACUCGACAGCGGGCUGUGAGUUGUUAAGCAUGAUGGAUGCGUCGCCGGGAUACCACCAAAUCCCGUUGGCCCCAAAGGAUCAAAGCAAAGUAAGCUUUGUGACAAGCAGAGGCACGUACUGUUAUGUCGUCAUGCCGUUUGGGCUAAAAAAUGUCGGGGCCACCUAUCAAAGGCUGAUGGAUCGAAUGUUCAAAUCUCAGUUAGGGCGCAAUAUGGAAGUGUACGUGGAUGACAUCUUAGUAAAAAGCAAGUCCUCGGCUUCGCAUCCUAAGGAUCUAAGAGAAACGUUCGAAACGUUGAGGACGUUCGGGAUGAAAUUGAACCCAAAUAAGUGUGCCUUCGGAGUAAAGGCAGGACGAUUUCUCGGUUAUGUGGUAACCGAAAGAGGAAUCGAAGUCAACAAGGAUAAGGUACAGGCGAUAAUCGAUAUGACUCCUCCAAAAAGCAUCAAGGACGUGCAAGUCCUGACGGGUCGGAUUGCCGGGCUAAGCCGAUUUAUCGCCCGGGCGGCAGAGAGAAGCUUCCCGUUCUUCAAAUUGCUUAAAAAGAAAACCUUCCAAUGGGGCGACGAAGCACAAAUGGAAUUUGACAAGCUUAAAGAAUUUCUGAGCGAGUUUCCGCUAUUAACCAAGACAGAGCCAGGCGAUGAGCUGGUGCUAUAUAUCUCAGUGGGAACAUUCUCGUUGAGCUCAAUAUUGUUGCGAGAGUCUGCAGGCGCCCAGCACCCCAUCUAUUACACGAGCCGAGUGCUUCAAGGUGCGGAUUCGAGAUAUUCAGACGUCGAGAAGGCCGCUUUGACAGUAGUAAUAACAGCCAGAAAGCUGCGGCCUUAUUUCCUAAAUCAUACGAUUAUUGUGAGAACCAACUUUCCGUUGGGAGAAACUUUGGGUAGGCCCACUUUAUCAGGUCGACUCGUCAAAUGGGCAGUCGAGUUAAGUGAAUACUCUAUCAGAUACGAGCCCAGGCGGGCCAUAAAGGCCCAAGCCCUGGCGGAUUUCAUCCAAGAAGGAACUAAGGGGGACGAGAAGAAAUGGGUAAUGCACGUUAAUGGGUCCUCAGCAGCCAAGGG